AGAAUAAAACCAACCAUGAGCCACUCUUCAAUGCAUACCUCCACUUCCUACAGGCGCACCUUUGGAAGCCCUCACCCCAUCUCCAUGUCUUCUUACUCCCCUGUGUCCUCCCGUAUGCCCGUUUCUGGGGUGCGGUAUAUGCGAUCAGCGUCACCAGCGGUGAUGUCCCGCUCCACCACCUACCACCAACAGCGUUCCCGCCCCAGCGCCCAGGCUCCUCGCCUCUCCUAUGACAAGGUGGACUUCACCCUAGCUGAAGCCAUCAACCAGGAGUUCCUAACCACCCGCAGCAACGAGAAGGCUGAGCUGCAGGAUCUCAACGACCGCUUUGCCAGCUUCAUCGAGAAGGUGCGCUACCUGGAGCAGCAGAAUGGUGCACUGCAGCAGGAGCUCAACCAGUACAAGGGCCAGCAGCAGCAUGGUCAGCCCAACCGCGCCACUGACCUCUUCCAGGAGGAGCUGAGGGAGCUGCGGCGCCAAAUGGACGCCAUCGGAAAGGAGAGGGACCAGUACCAACUGGAGAGGGACAACCUGGCUGAGGACCUGGUCCUGCUCAAGCAGAGGUUGGAGGAAGAAGCCCAGAAGCGGGCAGACGCUGAGAAUAAUCUGGUUGCCUUCCGCAAGGAUGUGGACGAUGCCACAUUGUCCCGUCUGGAGCUGGAGAGGAAGAUUGAAUCUCUGAUGGAUGAGAUUGAAUUCCUUAAGAAGCUCCAUGAUGAGGAAAUCCAGGAUGUACAAGUGAGUGUCCAGACCCAGCAGUUGAAGAUGGAGGUGGACAGCUCCAGGCCCGACCUAACUGGUGCUCUGAAGGAGAUCAGGGCCCAGUAUGAGACCAUCGCCCUAAAGAACAUGCAGGAAUCUGAGGACUGGUACAAGUCCAAGUUUGCUGAUUUGACUGAGUCUGCAAAGCGCAACACUGAUUCUCUGAGGCAGGCCAAGCAGGAGGCCAAUGAGUCCAGGAGGCAGAUUCAGUCUCUCAACUGUGAAGUUGAUGCACUGAAGAAUACGAAUGAAGCUCUGCUGAGGCAGAUGCGUGAAAUGGAAGACCAGUUUGGCAUUGAGAUUGGCAACUACCAGGACAACAUAGGCAGACUGGAGGAUGAGAUCCGCCACCUGAAGGAUGAGAUGGCUCGCCACCUUCGCGAGUACCAGGACCUGCUCAAUGUCAAAAUGGCUCUGGACAUUGAGAUUGCUACUUACCGUAAGCUGCUGGAGGGGGAGGAGAGCAGGAUUACCAUUCCCAUCCUCAAUUUUGGCAUGAGCAAUCACUUCAGUGAGCGAGACUAUGAACAAGCUCCAGGCACUAAGAGGACUGUGGUGAUAAAGACAGUUGAGACUAGAGAUGGAGAGGUGGUGAAGGAAUCCAGGAGGGAGAAGGAGAGAGACUCAAACCGCACUGAUAGAAGCGACAAGGACGACAAGGACGACAAGGACGACAAGGACGACAAGGACGACAAGGACGAGGAGUAAAUAAAAACUGAUUAAAAAAUGUGAAGGCCACAGCCAUGAGAAAAAAAAAACACAUAAAAAAGGAAGAAUAACUCUGAUCUAUAUAGUCCUCAUUCCCACUAGUUAUGUGUUUCAUUGUCUAGCAGAGUCUCGCAGUAGGUGCAAUGCUGAAUGAAUCCCUUUAGACCAGAGGUUUUCAAAUUGGGGGCCGUCCUCCCGAGGGGGGCUCCAAACUGUUUCAGGGGAGGCUCAGUGAAUUGAAGUGAAUGGUUAUUACAUUAACUAUCAAAAAGAGAUUAGACCUACAUAGAAUAGACUAAAUGUGUGUGAUUUGGUUAAAGAGAUGGAUCAGAGAUAGUAGUUUUGGGGAUUUUUACUGUUUUUCCCACUUUUCCAUAGUCAGAAACCAAUAAAGGCCUCAGGACAGACUUUUUAAAAUUAAUUUAGUGACUAAAGUUAUGUCAGACAGUAAUAUUAGGCUAUCUUGGCUCAAUUGUUGAGGGUCUAUAGGACUAACUAACAUAAUUAUGAUCCCAUAGGAAUCCAUGAAUUGAGCAAAACUAAGCAAGCAAACUAACAGAGGUGUGAAGGGGCUCCUUUUUCCAAGCUUGGUCUUAUCCAGAGGCCCACAGUCUCAGACUUUGAAAACCCCUGCUUUAGACAGUGUCACUUUGGUGCUAUUUCAGCUUCCCGAUUUUUGCUAAACACUUGUGUCAUCUGUAGGGCUAAGCAAAACCACUUUAUUAACAUACCACCUGAGGCCUUGAUUUACAGUGCAAUCCCGUGGAAUCCUUAGACGACCACAUGUUAGUAGCUGAGCAUUAAACUACAUACUAAAAUAGGAAGUUUAAAUGCAGACAUGUAGUAGUUUGUGUCGUAGAUAGGACGUACUAAAAAAACUUCAGACACUGCCCUUUGGUCAACACACCUUAGAAGACCGACUGAGAAUAAGUUAACUUUUUUGCAUUUGUUUUAGAAGCUUUGCUAUCCUCUUAUUGUGCAAACCAACAACUCACCAAAGACAUGAUAAACAUGUUAGACACAGGAAAUGUUGACACUGAAAAUAUGAGAGUCACGAACUGAAAAGAAUUUCGCUGAAUGUGCUUUGCAAUGCUGUGUGUAUCUGGCACGAUUGAUGAAUGAAUAUGU